AUGCCAGACCCCAAGCCCUGCAUUGGAGACCUUUGGGACCGGAACAUUGGCCGCAAGUGUAUCCCGUACCAACCCAGCCACACCUGGUGCUUCUACUGCCUUGGGUCGAUGGUGCCCGACAAGCCGUGGUCCGACAUUGAGGUGUAUCCCAUAUGGAAGCGAGACUGGCGAGGGGAAGCCCCGCCGUCUAAGGUUGAAGGCUCACAUCCUCGCACCAAGUAA